AUGAAUAGUAAUAUUGGUAACUACCAUAACAAUAUAAAUAAUGGACUUAAACAACGUUACUUUCGUAAUGACAAUUUAUGUAAUGAGUUAGCAUAUGAUGGAAGCGCUGGUAGAUAUUACACGACCCCUGUGGGCAAUUUCUACUCUUCAUCAGUCGGAGACGGUUGCAUAUCAAACUAUAAGCUUAAUGCCCAAAAUACUGACAUGUUCAUAUAUCAGAAAAGAAACACUAAUGAUGAAAACAAUUUAAAUAGAACCAAGUGUUCUCUUGAGGGAUACACGUCAAAUAGUCUCAGUCAAAGUAAUGACAAGAAUUUAUGUGUACAAUGUACUUGCUUCAGGAUACCCUCUACUCAACUCAGUAGUUUUGAUGAUAACAUAAAAAAUAUACAUGGUAAAAAAAAUGCUCUUCCUAAGGCCUCUGUGCCAUUCCUAGGCUACAACUUCCCUCCUGCUCCUUCCAUCAAUGGUAUUGAUAGUAUUAGCAGUAUUGACAGUAUUAGCAGUAUUGGCAAUAUUAGUGGUAUUGGAAAUAUUAGCGGUAUUGGAAAUAUUAGCGGUAUUGGAAAUAUUAGCAGUAUUGGAAAUAUUAGUGGUAUUGGAAAUAUUAGCGGUAUUGACAACAACAAUGAAAAUGUAUUGUAUUACGCAAACAAUAAUGCUUGCUCUUUACAUCAAUGUGUGGGUUCCCAAGUCAACGCAAACGUAAACAACAGAAUAGCAAAGUUCACUACUACAAAUGAUAGUAAAAAAAAUGCUAACAUAAUAUAUAACGCGAAUGAUAAUUUAAGCUAUAAUUUAUGCGAAAUUUUGAGUAAUAAUUUGAGUCAAAAUGUCGGAAAUAUUUCAAGUCAAAAUGUCGGAAAUAUUUCAAGUCAAAAUAUGAGCAAUAAUUCAAGUCAAAAUAUGAACAAUAUUUCAGGUCAAAAUAUGAACAAUAUUUCAGGUCAAAAUAUGAACAAUAUUUCAGGUCAAAAUAUGAACAAUAUUUCAGGUCAAAAUAUGAGCAAUAUUUCAAAUCAAAAUGUGGGUAAUAUUUCAAAUCAAAAUAUGAGCAAUAAUUCGAGUCAAAAUGUAAAUGGCCAUUUGCGUCAGAAUUUUAGCCAAAGUUUUAAUCAAAACAUUGCCCAAAAUUUGAACAGCAAUUUGAUUGGAAAUUUGACUGGAAAUUUAAGUAAUAAUUUAACGCGCAAUUUAAAUAAUAAUUUGAAUGACAAUUUGGGCGACAAUUUAUAUGGCACUUUUAAUGGAAAUUCAAACGACAAUUUAUUUCCCCUUUUGAACGAAAGUAGUAACAAAAGGGAGGGACAUACGAAUAACGCCAUUUUAAGUGAACGUAUUAAUGAAAAUGUAAACAAUUCCAUUCAGCAUCUUUUAGAAAAUAGAAAUAAAGAUUCUGACUGUAGUAAUUUAAACUUGCGUUGUACCAAUCUCAACUAUUUAAAAUUUAAUGCAUUGAAAAAUCCGCAAAAUUGUAAUGCUUUAUUAUAUCACCCUGAUUUAAAUGUGUGUGUGUUAAGCAAUAUGCAUAACGGUAACAGUACCGGCAGUGUAAGCGGAGUUACGAAUGUGGGCACAGUUGGCAAUAUAAGCAGUGUUAACAAUGUUAGUAACAUUAGCAGUAACAGCAAUGUCAGAUGUAACAACGGAAGUAGCAACAUACCAAAUGAAAACUUAAUUAUGCCUACGCCAAAUAGCACGAGGGACAGGAUAAUCACUUCCCCCCAUGCUAAUCUAGCGAACAGUAUAAAUAAUGGCAUGAUAAACCCAUCGACCAACUUGGUUGGCAAUACGUCCAGUAUUAACCUCAACGUGCCAAGUGGUAAUGUUAACAAGGACAUGCUGAAUAUCCCCCCUCCGAAUGUAAGUUUCAACAUGACAAACGCAAAUGUAAAUACAGUUUAUAGGGAAGCACCCCGUUUGACUGCACCUUAUAGGGAAGCACCCCAUGUGAGCACGGACUUGCCACUAUUAAACUGUACCAAAAUAAAUAACACAAGAAGAGAAAGCAUAAACCAGAAUUUAAUUAAUUCUUACUCUGAUGGAAAUACAACUAUAGCUCCUCUAUUUGAAAACAAGAAUGCUAUGUAUAGAGAAAGCCUAGAACCAAGUAAUGUUUUAAAUAACAAAAAUUCGAACAACUACUUAACUAUAAAUAAUGAACAACUACUGUGUAACAAUGUAUUCCAAGAAAAAAUUGCAAAAAAUUUACAGCAUACAACACAUAUGAACAAUUUUAGCGGAAUGUUAAGUAGUCAUACGAUAUAUAAUAGCAAAUUGAGAAAUGAGAGUUGUAAUGAAAGUAAAAAUACAACUGUACCAAGCAUGAACAACAUUCCAAUUAAUCAUUAUAAAAAAGAAUACAUGUAUGAAUACUACUUAAACCCCAUAGAUAAGAAUAAGAAGCAUUCGAGAAAUAGAAAAUCAUUUUAUUCUUUUAAUGAAAGCUUAAACUAUGAUGCUAAUGUUGAAGAUAAGAUGAAACUGAGAAAUAAUUUUUCCCAUAAUAAUAACUGUUCUAAUGUAAAUGAAAAUAAUACUCUAAUGAGAAAGCCAAGUGAAGAUUUAUACACACAGUAUAAGGGUGUGACAUAUGAACAUAAAAGGUUAAGAAGCUUUAGUAAAGGUAAAAAUUUUAACAGAGUAUCCACAAAUUUAAGCAAUAAAAGUGGAAUUAAAAAGAGAUACAAUUCGACUUCCAUUAGUAGUAAUGCAUCAUCCACUUAUAACAAUGAUAAAAUGAAAAAAAAUCAUAAAAAAAAAAAAAAGAAAAAGAAAUACAAGAUAGAAAGAGAGGAAUACACAAAUAUAAGUUGUAAGAAGAGCAGGCGGAGAUGUACUGAUUCUCCAGGUAAUUCAUCUAGUGCAUGUACAGUAUCAUCUUCAUGUGCAUCUGUUAAGGUUUCCUCCUUGCGCACCUCUUCGUCAUUCGCGUCAUCGGUAUGUUCAUCAAAGUCUUCAUCAUCCUCAUUGUCCUUCUUUACAAACGCUUUAAACGAAAAAGUGAAAAGGAAAAGGAACAGCAGUAGGAAUAGCAGUAGGAACAGCAGUAGGAAUAGCAGUAGGAACAGCAGUAGGAACGGCAGUAGGAACAGCAGUAGGAAUAGCAAUAGGCACAGCAAUAGACACAGCAAUAGGCACAGCAUUAGAUACAGCAAUAGGCACAGCAAUAGACAUAGCAAUAGAUACUCAGAGAGGAAGAGGAAAAGAGAAACGCUAAGUGUUCCUGUACAAGGGAAAAGAAAAAGACCAACUGUUAUCGAUUUUCUAAAUGAAAAAUGGAAUAGAUAUUCUCAUAAUGAGGAGGGAGAAGAGAACAAAAACGAUGACAUAUAUAGUAAUAAUGGUAGAAGUGGAAGCCCAAGUGAUGAUCAGUGUAGCGUAAGCUGUAAGGCUACUGACAAGGAUAGUUACAACAUUGACAACAAUAGUGAAAACCUUAGUGGCAACAGCAGUGAUAGUGAGAGUGAUAAGGAAAAGGAGGAGGAUGGCAUCCGUAAUGAGAACUUCAGCUUCGGUAGUUCAGAAGGUUUUGAUAAAAAGAGAGAUAAUUUUUCUUCUAGUAAGGCUAAAGAUAAGAAUAAGUAUGAGGAAAAUCGAAGGAACUGUAAGCAUCCGUCUAACAUGUGCAGUUUGUGGUUUUUGGAUAGGGAAAAGGGAUAUGCCGAUGAAGCUAGUGGAGGUGGUAGUAGUAGUAGUAGUGGUAGCAGUAUGGAUAGCGGAAGUGGUAGUGGUAACGAAAACAACAUCUAUGGAGAUGACCUUAGCGACCACUGCGGUGGCAAUAGUUCCCAUGAUGAUGGUGAUACAACUGAGCAAGUGAUUAAAAUGAAAGCGGAUGGAGAAAAGAAGAACAAAUUAAGGCAGAAUAGCAAAGGAAAAGGCAAAGACAAAGGAAAAGGCAAAGACAAAGGAACUGACAAAGACAAAGGAGCUGACAAAGACAAAGGAAACGACAAAGACAAAGGAACUGACAAAGACAAAGGAACUGACAAAGACAAAGGAACUGACAAAGACAAAGGAGAUGGUGUGGAAAACAAAUAUAUAUGGAGUGAAGAGCAAAAUAAAAAUGAAACUAAUUGUAGUGAAGAGAAAGAAGAAAAUGGAAGAAUUAAAAAUCGCGUAAAGAUAGAAAUUCGCAAUAAUACUGAACAGGAAAGUAACUCACCUGAUGGCUGUGAGAAGGAAGAAAAAGUUUUAUUGAGUAAAUGGAAUUAUGAAAGUGGAUUGAUUAACGGAAGUGAUGUAUUGCAUAGAAUCAUGGAUUCAAGAAAGGAUCAUGAGGGGGGAGAUUCUAACCGCUGUAAUGAAAAGAAGAGUGAAAAGUGUUUAAUUAUCGGGGAGGAAUAUACGGACGAAUCAGAGGAGUCUGAGGAGUUAGAAGCAUCAGGGAGAUUAGACGCAUCAGGGAGAUUAGACGCAUCAGGGAGAUUAGACGCAUCAGGGAGAUUAGACGCAUCAGGGAGAUUAGACGCAUCAGGGGGAUUAGACGCAUCAGGGGGAUUAGACGCAUCGGAGGAGUUGGACGAUUCUGGGGAGUCAGAAACAACAAAGGAAGAAGCCGAAAUUUUGCACGAUGCAGAGAAUGAUGAAAAGGAAGGACGCAAAAGAUAUUGUGGAAAGGGCACAACUGAAACAUCAUCAGUUCAGAAUAAGACCAAAGAGGAAGAGUUAUAUAAAAAAGGAAAAACAAAUAAAGUCAAAAUACAAGAUAUUAAUAAAACAAUAGUAGAAGGUAAUGGAGGACGCGAAAGAAAAGAAAAAUGUAGUGAAAAUUUUGAAAAAGUUGAUGAAAUUUUUGAGGAAAAGAAAAAACAAGUGGACCGAAAUAACAUAACAGAUGAAAGUUUGUCUUCAGAGGAAUCAAGUAGUGAGUCAACUAGUACAAGCAAUUCAGGUUAUGAUGAAGCUUCAAUAAGGUGUGAAUCUGAUGAGAGCUCGGAGUACUUGUUGGAUUGUUCUUCUGAUGAAAUAACCCGAACAGAGAGUUCAAGUAAUGAUGAGAGUAGUAACGAUUUGCAUAAUAGUUAUAUAAAUGAUAACACUGGCAAAGUGGAGCCUAAUGGUAGAAAUAACAGAAGUAGUAGUAGUAGUAGUAGUAGCAGUAGUAAACGUACUGGUAUAAGAAAGGGAGAAGAUCGUGGUAAAAGCAGUACACGUAGUAUCAGCAUCAUUAACGGUAGUUGUAGUGAUAACAGUAGAAUUAGAAGUGAUAAAAACAGGGUAUGUCUUGAUAGCCCCCGCAAAAAUAAGAACACGAACGAUUGCGACUUUCCCACCCGUAACGGAGUUAAAAAUGAUAAGGAAAGCGGAAAAAACAAUAGCUGGGGAAAUAAAAUUAUAUCGAAUAAUUAUUUUUAUAAAAAAAGAAAUGCCUUUCAUAAAUGCCAAUUUGCCAUUUGCAGCAAUAACGGAGGAGUCGUGAGUCCCCCGAACGAUAAUGAAAAAGGAGAAGGAGUAGACGUGGAAGAACUGCAAGAAGUCAAUGAAUCCCAGGAAACCCAAGUAGUACAAGAUGUCCAGGUAGUACAGGAUGUCCAGGUAGUACAGGAUGUCCAGGUAGUACAAGAUGUCCAGGUAGUACAGGAUGUCCAAGUAACCCAAGAUUCCGACGUAAGAGUAAACGUUAACAAUUUUUCCGAAAUUCUCGUAAACAAUGUAAAGUGCUACAAGCCUGGAGGCAUGUUAGGGGAAAACAACUCGUGCAUUAUCAAAGAGAACAGGUAUAUUUACACAACGUUGAAGGAUCUAAAUUACAUAAAAAGAGAUUUAUUUUUAAAUUAUUUAAAAAUAUACUUCGUUAAAAAGAAAGUAAAUGUGUAUGAAUAUAUAAUAAUGUUGUCUUAUUUAUUUUAUAAGAGAUCCAAAUAUUUAGAUUUCAAUAAAGUGUAUUUGUAUAACACGAUGAAGAAAUUAUCUCCUUGUUUAUGGACAUUAAAUAGAAAAUGUAACGACAUUGAGAUAAGAAAUUUGUUUUAUUUCAUGAGUAAGAUAUUUAUUUUACAUGAUUAUUUUAUAUUCAGAAUAAAUAUAUUUAUUUUUAAUUGGUUUAUAUUAUAUAUAUAUAAAAUAAAAUUAAAAAAUGUGUCUUAUAUAGAAGAUAUAAACCUUUUAAUAAAUUUUAUGACAGGAUUUUUAACAAAUAAAAAAUUUUUAAAUUAUUCUAUCCUUUUUAUUAUUAAUGUUAUACUUCAAAAAAAUACGGGAAGGUCUUUAUAUAUAGGCUUAAAUUAUGACUACAUUUGUUCUCUUUAUAUUUCCCUUUUUUCUAAAAUUAUAUGUUUUUCCAAAAGGCACAAAAAAAUAGUUUCUACAUGUAAGAAAUAUCUAAGACAAAUUGGAUACAAAAUAAAAGAUAACGAUUUUACUAAAACAGAUCAAGAUGGAAGAGCAGACGCUUCGAAUGCUUUCCUGUACCAUCAUGGUUUACAGAAUAGUUCGGGUGAUUUACCUUUGAAUCAUGCUUUUAAUGAGAACAACGAAACGGUUAGGUGCCGAAGACGAAGUCGUAAUAGUGAGUAUACAUUGAGUAAGCGAGUAAUCCGGAAUAAAGGAGGGUUAACUAAAAAGGAAAACUUCUUAACAAGUACAGGAAAUAAUAUGUGCACACAAAAUGGAGAGCAAAAUGCAGACUCUGAAAUUAUUAACAUGAACAGCAUAUCAACAAGACAAGAUUUAAUCUUGUUGUAUAUACUGUACAUGUCAAACAAUAAUUAUUCCAUUUAUAUCAAUAUUUUGAAACACAUUUUUGAAAAUAUUAUAAAAUUUAAGUUAACAUAUAAUUUUCACAGGAUGAAGAUUAAAAGCAGGUAUCUGUAUAAAAAGAUUAUUCGUUGCUUACAUAAUGCGAGGAAAAUUAUGAACAAGUCAGGUGGAAGCGGAAGAAGGGGGAGGAAAAAAAGAGAGGGAAAGGUAGAGAAAAUGGUAGAAAAAAAGGUACGGAAAAAGGAAGUGGAAAGAAUAGAAGUCGAAAAAAUUGAAGUCGAAAAAAUUGAAGUCGAAAAAAUAGAAGGGGAAAAAAUAGAAGGGGAAAAAAUAGAAGGGGAAAAAAUAGAAGGGGAAAAAAUAGAAGGGGGAAAAAUAGAAGGGGAAAAAAUAGAAGUCGAGAAAAUAGAUGACGAUAAAAUAGAGGAAAAGAUGCAAAAUAGAGUAGUGGAGGAAAAACCUUCCAGCAGAAUGUGUAACCCUAGUUGUAAGAUUAACAUUCCAUUUAACGAUUAUGCAAGCAAGAAUUAUUCUUUUAUUUAUUUAUUCAUUGGUCUAUUGAUGGAAUAUAUGUCCUUUUCGUUUAACCAACUUGUGUCUUCAUAUUUUAAGAACGAAUCUUUGAAGAAUGUGUAUAAAUUGUUGCUUUCUCAUUUGAAAGAUUAUACGGAUAUAAUUUUCAAAUACAUGAAGCAUACCACUCUUAACAUGUUGAAACGUUAUAAAAACAUUUGGUUACGCAAUAUUUUUACCAUUGUGAAUUUAAAGAAAAUACAUAACUUAGAUGAAUUUUUUUCUGAAGGGUCUUGCAAUUAUUGGCUCUCAAUGGAACGAGGGGGAAUCAGUUGCCGAAAGAGAAGCUCAAGGAAAGAGGUGGUUAUCGUAGGAGGAAAUGGAGGAAAGGGGGAAGGAACUGGUGGAGAAAUUGGCGAAACAAAUUGGAGAAGUGCCGAAAUGAAUAAUGCUGUUGAUAAAGAGCUCAAAUCAGAGAAAGGAAAUGACGAGAAAAUGAUAGGUUCAAAAAUAGAUAAAAUGGAUAAGAGACAAAAAUUUGAUACAUUAAAUGCACUGAAGGAACGGUCGAAUGAAGAAAGCAGAAUAAACAAGAUGCAAGACAUAAAUAAAGAUAUAAUUAGUAAACAAAAUGGACAUAAUGACUAUUUGAAUAUAGAAUGUAAAGAGGAUGUGUUAUGUACUAGCCUUAGGAAUAGCCGUUUUAAUAAAGACAGCAAAGCAAAUUACAUAUCGUGUGAUGUAACUACUGAUGUUAAGAAGAAAUUGAUAACAUUUAAAAUAGACAAGGAAGAUUUGGGAUUUAAAAGUGAACUAGUUAAUUAUUCAUAUAAUGAUGAACAUUUUAACCUAGCUCUUAGAAGAAACAAAUUAGAAUAUUUUAAUUUUAAAAAAAGGAAUAGAAAAAAAAAUUAUUUUAUAUAUACGAAUUUUGUAGAAAACACAUUUUUAAUAUUAUGCACAUGCUUAAAAUUAUUUAAAAGUAGUGUACUACUUAAAAUUAUAUUUGAUUUAUUGUUUUUAUUCUUUAUUAGUAAAAUAAAAAAGGAGCAACGUACACAAUUUCUUAGCAAAAUUUAUACAAAGGAUAACGAAUUACGCUGUAUAAUAACUAGGAUACUAGUCACAAAUGACAAAGGAAGAAGCUACUUGCAAAAUGUCUAUUUUAUCAAUUAUUUCUUGAAAAGUAGAGAAGCGUUUGGCUCCUUGAACAUCGACGUGCAGGCGGUAGAAGUAAACUUAGCAUAUAUAUACUCGUUCUACUUUUGUAAGUGUUCAAAGGGGGGUAAGCGGCGGAGGAAGGUGUGGAAGAAGCAGGGGAAGACGCGGGAGAAGACACACACGAAGUGGAAAGACGGGAAGGACUAUUUCAACCAGCGGCUGCACAUAAAACCUUGCUCGUGCAUGUUUUUAACUUACGUAAUUUUUUUUUGCCUCAUUUUUAAAAAUUUUCGUAUGUAUUUUAUGCACUUUACUAAAUUUUCCUACUCCUUGAAGAGAAAAAGGGGCAUUACGAAUGAAAUGAAGAAAGAGGUUGACACUUCAAAAUUCUUGAGGGAUAUGAGCAAAGGAAUAGUUAGCACUAAAAAUAAUGGUAAUUCGCUUAAGGAUGGAAGUGGUAGUCGUCGUUUUAGUAUAGCAGAUAGGUUAGUCCAUAAGAGGGAUGACUAUGAGAAGGUAAAGAAAUACUAUAAUGAGGAUUAUAUUAAUGGUGGGUAUUACCUUAUCGCUGAAAAGUUUAUAAAAAUGACUGCGGAAAGGGGAAAUACCCAUGUAAGUGAUGUGGAGGACAAAGAGACUCACUUCAAUGAAGUGAGAAAGGGUAAUAAAAGCACAUUGAAUGAAUAUCCUAGUCAUUUAAAUAAAUUUGCAGAAGAAAUGUACAACCCGUUAGAUGUAGGUGUUGCUUCAACUUUGAGUAGAUGUACGAACAGCAAAAUGUGCGUGAAUGACACAGAGGAGAAGAUCUCCUGCAUGGAUAAAACUUUUUUAGUAAAACCUAUUGGCAUUAGGAAGGAUGAGUUUAAGAAUGUGAUAAACAAGUACAACUUGAUUCCGUGUAACGGGCUUAUUAAUGUACAUUUUGAAAGAGAAAAAAAUAGUAAAUUACUUUCUAACAGUUGGGAGGAACAAAAGAAUACUGAUAUAGGAAAAAAAGGUAUAGAGAACGUGUUAAUAAAUGACGAAAAUGUAAUAGAGAAUUUUUAUUUUUUUAAGGAAGAAACAGCAUAUCAUAUAUUAAAUAUUUUAUACGAAAAGAAGAGAAGAUACAGUACACCAGUAGGCAGUUUUUACUCAAAAUUGAACGGCAAUAUUUUCAAAGAUAAAUUAGGAUGUAAAGUAAUGAACAAUAAAAAUUCUAAUAAUGAGAAGAUGAAAAUGUAUGAACGAUAUUUAGAAAUAAUGAGUAGCAUUAUAAAGUGGAAUAAGAACAAUAUUGAAUAUAACAAUAAAAAGAAAAAAGACAUUAAUGGGAUAAGAAGAAGGAGAAAUAAAUAUACAAAUAUUAUCAUUGAUAUAUAUCCCUUAAUUUUUUUAUCACUGGUUAAGCUCUUGAACGCGUUCAUAAUUAUUAAUGACGAUGUUAAGAAAAAAACUUUUGAUGUAAAAAAUGAAACAUUCCCUGUUAAUUUACACAUAUUAGUGGACUUAGACAAAAAAGAUGAAUUUUUAAAAGUGCAUGAAACUGAGAUAAAAAAUUAUGACAAAGCAAGAGCGAUGCAUUCUUUUUUUAAAAACUGUUUAUGUAGUAUGCGGCUACUGCCCAACUGUUAUUAUAACGAUAAUGAUGAUAAAAAAAAAUUUUUUAAAACACAUUAUAGUAGCUAUGGGGCGGGGGUUGACCCUCUUCCUAACGAUAGUAGGGAGGACCGGAAUGGUAAUACUAACACUACUGCUACGACUGCUGCGGGUGCUACGACUGCUGCGACUGCUACGACCGCUACGACCGCUACGACCGCUACGACCGCUACGACCGCUACGACCGCUACGACCGCUACGACCGCUACGACCGCUACGACCGCUACGACCGCUACGACCGCUACGACCGCUACGACCGCUACGACCGCUACGACCGCUACGACUUAUGUUCUGAACGAACCAAUUAGCAUUAAAAGGCGGAUGGAAGAGAGAAAAUAUUUAAAUUUAAUUGUAAAAUUGCUGUACAAAGAAAUAAAAACAGACUUUUUCCUACUUCAUGAAUAUUAUGAUUACAAAUUGUACAUAUAUAGAAGUCUCUUAGUCGUAUUAAUAAUUAAGUACUUAACAUGUGUUAAUAACUUUUUUUCUUUUAAAAAAAAGUUUUUUUUUUUUUUUAUUCAAAGAUUAUUUCGAUUAUUAUGUUUUCGUUUGAUGUGUCUUUUUUUAUGUACUGUUCAUGUAAAUAAAUUAACUAGCGAAAUUAUUAUUAUUGAUGAUGAUUUUUUGGUUAACACGUACUGUGCGCAUGAAAGGGGAAGGAAGAGACAGAGAAGAAAUAGUACCAAACAUUUUCAAAAAAAGUCCUAUAACAUGUACAAAAAUUAUGCGGAAAAUUAUCUCUUCAACUAUCACUUUGUGGAGGAUGCAAAGUUCUCGUUGUGGGAAGUGGAGGUGGGGGAAGAAUCAGAGGAGGAUGUGGAUGAACAAGAGGACAGAGAGGAAGGAGAUGAAGACGAAGAGGAUGUGGAUGAACAAGAGGAGGGGAAAGAACAGGAUGAAGAUGAGGAUGAGGAUGAAAAUGAGAAUGAGGAUGAGAAUGAGAAUGAAGAAGACUACCUCGAGAGUGGGCAUAAUAAUAUAAAACAAGGGGGGAGAAGGCAGCUUGUACGCCAAAACGUAGAGCAUGAGUUGAAGAAUAACCGCUACAAAACAAAUCUAGGGGAAAAAAACAAACAUAGAGGUGAUUACAACUCAUUGUCGAUGAAGAAUUACCAUGAUGGACGUGGGGAAAAAACGCGCGGAAGGAGUAGCAGUUAUUACGGCAAUUUAGACAAAAAAGGAAAAGAAAAAGGAGAUAGAAAAGAUGGUGUGGGUAAAUACCCACAAGGAAAGAAGGGCCAUAAGACACGCACGGUCGAUAGGAAAGGAGGCGGCAUAGAUGUUAGAGAGGUACGAAGUGAUGAUUAUGUUCAUAAAAAAGGGAAUGAUAAUGGGGGUGGAAAUGCAAAUGGGAAGACUAAACGGAAAGAGGAAAAAAUUAUUUACAAGCCGUUCGUGCCGUUCGGGAGCCUGGUAAUGACCAAAAGGGAAGCAAUCAAAUUGAAGCUACUGCCAAAGGAGGAAAUAAAGAGAGAUAAUAAAAUAUAUAUAAAUAAAAGCAUACUGAAAAAUAUAAGUAAAAAUUUUAUCACAAAUAGUAGUAGCAUUAGUAAUAGUUGUGGUGGUAGCAUGGAUAAGGAGAACGAGGACAGUAUUGAAUUAUCCAUUAUAUCAAUUAUAAUUCUGUUAAAUAUGUUGAGAAAGAAUUCAAAUUAUUCCUUGAUGAUAAAUUUUUAUAUAAAUUUAUUGAUAGAAAAAUUUUUAGAAAAAAAAAAAUACAUACAUGUAGAUGAUUACUAUCUGAUUAAUUGUUACAUGGUUAAGUUAAUUAACCCAUUGCAUAGUCAUAAUCACAAGAAAGAAUUUUCUAUAAAUGAAAACAAUUGUUUAAAGAAAAAGAUGGAACUAAUAAACAAUGGAUAUAAAUUUUACGCUUCGUUAUGUAAGUUACCAGCAUUUGAAAUCAUCUUUUUUGAUACCUUAAAAGUGUACUUAAGUUUAAUUAGUAAGAAUUAUUUAGGCUCUUUUAUUUCCAAAAUUGCAAGACUGAAUAGUAUAUAUACAAACAAAAAUUACCACUUUAAGAUUAAAAUAAGUAGACUGCUCUGUACAAGACUUAAUAACCUUCUCCUAGAGGAACUUAUAAAUCUAAAAUUAAAUAAAAUCGUUUUGAAUAACACAAUAUCUGCAUGUAAAUUUUUUUUUAUUUCUCUACUGGAUGAAGAUGAAAACUUUGAUUUUAUUUCACCCCCAUCGGAUAAUCAGACGUCCAUUGUGAGGUUUGAUCAGCAGGGAGGGGAUAAGCAGAAGGAAGGAUGUUGCACUGGAUGGACAUAUGAUAGAAGUUCUGAACUAGUGUGGUAUGCACAUACACAGGAACUGACUCUUCAAAACGUUGCUCGCGUUGAAAGAUUUGGCAAUGCUCAAAUAUUCGAUAAUGUUCAAACGUUCUGUAAUGCUGAUAAGUCUGAAAAAUGCGGAAAAUGGGGUAAACCUAUUACAGUAGGGGAAAAGAAUAUUAUAAGGUGUGCACUUCCCCCUCAUCACAACCACUAUUAUCAAUACUACGACUGCAGUGAUCGCUACGUGCACAAUGGACAAACUUACUUGUAUGUGAAAGACGACGCAUUGAGUUAUUCCAAAGAGGAUGCUAAAGAAACGGGACAUAGUGUUGAAGGGAAGUGCUGCUCCUCAACUGAUCAGGUAAGAAGUCAAAAGAUGAAGGAAUGUGGAAAAGAUCUGAAGGAGGAAGAGGGAACAAAUAACACGGAGAUAAAAAUGCACGAAAAGGACAAACAUAUGUACAUAGACAAUUCAGCUUCUCAUAGGGCUGAUGUGGCUAAUAUAGCUGAUAUGGUUGAUAAGAGUGACAGAUGUGUAAAUCGCGACGAAAAAGAAAUGGUAUAUGAAAAAAAUAAAUAUGAGUGCAUUACUCAUUCAAGUAAAGUUAUUGUUCAAAGUUACGAUAAAGAAAGAGAGGACAAUAAUUUAUGUGGGACUUAUAAGCAUGAGAACAAUAGUCCUGUCUUCUCAAAUUUUGGCCGCAUAAUUAAGGGUAACAACACGUACCACGUUAAGAUAAUACAUAAGCGCAAAUUGGAUAUGAAUUGUACAGAGAGGAGCAUUGAAGGUGGGCGCGAUAAUUGUAACGAUAUUGAUAAUGUUUAUGAUAAUUUUUAUGAUAAUGGCUAUGGUAACGAUGAUAGUGCUCAUAUUAGGGGCAACGAAAUUAAGAGGACAAUAAUGUGCUUGAAGCCAAAUAACAUAAACAAGCUAUUGGCUUCCUUUCAAAAGUUAAAUACAACGAUUUAUGAUUGCGCAAGUUUUAUAUAUAAGAAUAUUUUAAAAAAUAAAAAGCAUAAGUCUUCAGAGGAUGUAAAACAAAGUAGAAACAUAUAUGAGUGGUUUCAAAAUUGUAUAAAUCUGUUAAAAUUUGAAAUGUCAGUAAUUUAUCAGCUUUAUAAUAAAUUUCAUAACACUGCUAUAUAUAUUAAAAAGAAGAAAAGUUUAGUUAGUCAUACGAUAAAAAUUAAUUUUUAUAAUAUAGUAAAAGAAAUAAAUGAAAUGAACAAAUAUUUAGAGGAUUUCCUACUACAUGCUAAGGCGAGUUACGAAUUGGCAAAACUGAAUAAAGAAAAAGAGGAAAUAUUACUUGAGUCAGAACGCCAAUCGAUAAAUGAUAAGGUAAAAGAAGUAAACCAUGUGGGCGAGGAAAAUGUACAAGCGAUAAAAGAAAAUAAAAAAAAUGAUGAAGAUUUUAUUAAAGACUACAAUGAAUUAAAUUCCUUUUUAGAUUUUACUUUAGAUAAACCAACAGGUAUAUUAUCAGAAAGAACGAAUGAAAAAAGCAAUUCUCAAGAUCCCAAAUAUAUAGAUAUUCAUGCGAUAAAUGAAUAUUCGGUGGAUGAAGAUUGGCUCAUGUAUAUUAGAUCAUUAAUUUGA